ACGUAAUAUGAGAAUAAAAAAUAGUAGUACUCUUACGUUCAAUAUUAUAACUUUAUAAAAAAUUAAUUAAAAGCAUAAUUCAGGCUAAAAAAAAUUGUUUAUUUUUAAAACUAUGAACACGCCAAGUGAAAAUAAAUAUUUACUUUGAAUAACUUAGUUAUUACUAUCUCGACCUUCGAAGUGAAUUUUUCAUUAAUUGAAAUUUACGCGUGUGAUUAGCAAUCUAUAGUCAUGUCGAAUCCGAACAAAAGUGGACAUGUCAGAAGUCUGUUAAAGAAGUUUCAAUCCUUGAGAACUGUUGUGAAAAAAAGCUCCUCUAGGGUUCCAGCGCUAAUUCAAACUUACAGAGAAAAUGUUGUAUCUAUUGCAAAACGUUCUUCGCAUAAAAAUACACGAGUUUCGGAAAUUCGUCCUUCCCAUACUACUUUACAGAGUUCGCCAAAAAGCAAAAAGCCGAACCCAAAAAAGCAAACUGGCCUUAAGACUUCAGCAGGCGUAACAAGUCCAAACAACGAACCGACGAAUAUGUCAAAUCCGACGGCGAGGAAUGUCGAAGAAAAUAUUCGAGUGCCGAAUGAUUUACAUAGCAAAGUCAUUGAAAAAAUUGAUGAAUUUAUUAAGCCUAAGGCAACCGUACAAAGGGUAGAUAGUGACGAUAAUAACGAAACGGACGUACUAUCCGUUUUGAUACAAAGUUUUAGUGAAAAACUCGAGAGAUUGCAAUCUAAGCGCGUUGUGAAGACGACAGAAAUAAAUAAACAAGAAAAAUCUCUAAAACAUUUUAUUGAGAAUUGUGAUAUUUUGGGUGAAAUCCAGGAGGAUAUUCGAAAGGAAUUGAUGUCUCGACAAUGUAAUGUCUACAAGUCGACUUCAUUUAGCAGUCAUGAUGACGAUGGCUCCACUACUGGCCGUUUUCAAUCGCCACAUUCGGAUUCCCACAAAACUCCUAUUGUUGAAAAUAUUAGUAGUUUAAGUGAUCCCAUCCAGUGUGAUGUUUUAUCUGGUGGCGAACAAAAAUUAAACGACAGUAAUGGUCCUAUGGAAAACAAUAUUCACUCAGAACUCGGAGGCAAUUCAGCUGCCGGCGAUUGCCAAACGCCUCACAAGAGUGAACAGGACGUUGUAAAAAAACCAAGCCUUAUUGUUUUUAAAUUGGAAUAUUGUGAACCAUCGACUAGCCACGAGGUGCUAGAACAUAACGCCGGAGUUCUUGCGUCCACGAGGUUUGAAAUCGUAAUGGAGACGGACGAUGCGGGUAUUUUUUCUUCUGAUGACUCAAGUGACGAUUAUGAAGACGCAUUUGAAUAUUUCAAGAGCUCAUCAGAACCAGAUGAUGAUCUAGAAUAUUACUCUUGGGCGGAAUAUUAAAAAAAUAGUUACGUAUAUCGUAAUUUUAACGUGACUAAAAAUCAGUUUUGGUUCUAAGCAUAUAUGGCCGUGUCAUAAAACUCCCCAUCGUUGCCUUCCAAACCUAGUGCGGCUUUUAAAUAUCUGUUCCAUAGCGAAGUCCACUCCUUUCUUUUAAUUAAUAUUUAAUAGUCACAGGAAUAUUGCAUUUUUUCGAGAGAGUAUGAGCUAAAGAAAUCAAAAUAAAAAAAUUAUUUAUGCACUCAGGAUACAAUUUUUGAUCUUGGAAGAUAUAAAUUGAUUUAAAGUAAUUCGUUAUUGAAGUAAGUCAAUAUAUUUAAAUUAAAUUAUUUAUCUGGACCUACAAACACCAUGUGUUGUUAGUUUUUGAAAAUAUUUUUUAUGAAGAUAUAUCCACUUCAAAUUUUUAACAGAACGCAUUUGGGGUUUUUGGUAAACAAUUUGACAAUUUGUUUAUAAGCUUAUUAUUCAUAAAAUUAUCUACACGGAGUACCAUAAGUUACCAUACUAAUAUUAACACCUGUUAUAAAACUGAUUAAAUGAUUUAUUUUUUACAAUUUUUUUACGUGAUUAAUCAAUAUAUGAAAAAUUUUUGGCUUGCAAUUUUAAGAAGCUUCAAGUGCAUUUUGAUUUUAGUUUUAUUGUUUAUCAAUUAUAUAUAUAUAUAUGUGUGUGUGUGUGUUUGAUCUGAUAAAAUAAGGAUUAAUUUCCAACGACAGACCUUAUUAAAAAUACAUAAUAUUUAAAAAGAAGUACGUAAAUGAAAAAGGUUUAGCAACAAAAUAAGAAAUGAGACAAAGAUAAUUUAUUACAUUAAUUACGUAGAUAAGGUCGUAUAAUUUAUUUAAGGUAGUAUAAUAAAAAUUAAAUUUUAUUUUAUUUCACUAGCAAUAAUAUAUACAAAUAUAAUACAUGUUAGUUAUAAGCUAAUAAAUAAUAAUAAUCUAAAUAGUAAGCUGAUGUUUCAAAAUAUCUAAUCAAAGUGAAAACAAGAACCAUUUAGGACGAAGAAGGAUCAACAACACGCACGAAAGUAAGUAGUAAAAAGCGCUUCAUGCGUUCUCUCUAUGGUGAUAGGUGUGCUUUUUUGUCGGAUUAUUUUUUUGUCUUAUUUGGCUUCCCUUUUGUUUGCAGAUGCGGUUUUUCGCCCGUUCGGGUUUUUGUCCGCAUUUAACUUAAUUAUGUUUAUAAAAUAUAUAAAUAAAGAUA